AUGGCGGACAACACACUGGAUUGUCCUGAAGUUCAAGUCCUAGUCAAUUACCCCAAUGAUGCGGCGGGGUUCUUUUGGCAUCACCGAGUUCUUCUGCACAGGGUCGAGGGGGCCAAGUGGCUGGCCUUGACUCCUGAUCACGAGAUUCAGCUUCACGAUCUGAGCCUUGAAAGACACAAGAUUCUGGACAGACGAGCUCCCUUCCCAGCGGACCUUGUCCCGACCAUCUACGCUCAUGAUCCCAUAGGCCGGGCGGUUCUGUCCACCUACAAGCGGCGAGCAAAGGUACAAGCCGUGGUUCUGGGCCAGGGAGACUUGGAAGAGUCCGAGGCCUUUGUUUGGGUCGUCAGCCAGUCCGGGCACCGGAAGUUCGGGGAGGAGGUUGACGCUACCCUCCUGGAGGAUGAGACCAGCGGUCUGGCCUUUUCUGCAAAAGGCGUGGUGGUCCUGGACGGGGAGGAGGUGUUUGUCGAGAAGGUGGAGGUGCAGAAGAUGGAGGCAUGGCGCAAGGACCGCAUGCUGGAAGGCGGAGAUGCUCGACUUCUGGGGGAUCACCGAGAUGCUUCUGGUCGCAGGCGGCUGGAUCUAGCCACUGCCGUGGAACUCAUGAAGUCCGAGCCGGAUGACGAGUUUCCCAUUUCAGGCGUGCGAGCGGCCAAGGAGCUGCAUGAUGCCAUUUGCUCAGGCCCUGGAAACCUCGUGUCAUACCACUCUGAAUGGCUGAGAUUGUCCGGGGUCUCCAGGAAAUCAAGCGCAGCCCAUAUCCACAGCUCGCUUUGUGAAUGUCUUCGGCUCCUCCACUCCUACGACCAAAUCGACGCCUCCUCUACCGCAGUUGGGGAGCACCUUUCAAGGUGGAUGGUGCAGACUGAAUUGGCGGUGGAGAGGAACCCCAUGGCCCCGGAUUACGCGGGCUUGGACAUCGUGGCGGGCGCCGCCGUUCAGGCCGAUGGACGGGCCAGCACAGGCCGGUUCAACGAAUGGGUCUCGUCCCGUCUUCGAGAGCGAGCCCAGAUCUGGAAGCAGGAGCGACUCUAUGCUCAGGAACGCCGCGGCCUCCGGGGCAAGAAAGGUGGUGGCAAGGGUGACGAGUCAGACUCUGAGAAUGAGCCCGGGAAGAACAAGCAGAAGAAGAAAAAGAAGGGCGGCAAGCCCGGAGAUGGCGGGGGCAAGGGCUCCCGCGGAGACGCCUAG